CAGGCGGUGUCGAGCAGCAGCCUCAGCGCUGGAUUCCGGGCGGGGGAGAAGCGCAGCCCUGAAGGCGCCGCGGAGGGGAGGCGGCUAAAGAGAGCGGAGCGGGGGGAAAAUCAAAUCUAUGCUUGGAACUGGGCUUCUUUCUCGCCAAUGCAAAAGGGAAUAUGCAGCACAUUUUUGCCUUCUUCUGCACCAGUUUCCUAGGGGCGGUGUUAGGGGCCAAUUUCCCCAACAAUAUCCAGAUAGGGGGGUUAUUUCCUAAUCAGCAGUCCCAGGAACAUGCUGCUUUUAGGUUUGCGUUGUCUCAGCUCACAGAACCUCCUAAACUCCUUCCCCAGAUUGACAUUGUGAACAUCAGUGACAGCUUUGAAAUGACGUACACCUUCUGCUCGCAGUUCUCCAAGGGCGUCUAUGCCAUCUUUGGAUUUUAUGAGAGGAGGACAGUCAACAUGCUCACAUCUUUCUGCGGGGCUCUCCACGUCUGCUUCAUAACCCCAAGCUUCCCAGUUGAAACGUCCAACCAGUUUGUUCUCCAGCUUCGCCCAGAGCUCCAGGACGCCCUCAUCAAUGUCAUCGAGCACUACAGCUGGCAGAAGUUUGUGUACAUUUAUGACGCUGACCGGGGGUUGUCAGUCCUACAGAAAGUGCUGGAUACUGCAGCUGAGAAGAACUGGCAGGUAACAGCUGUCAACAUCCUGACUACAACAGAAGAGGGCUACCGCAUGCUCUUCCAGGAGCUGGAGAAGAAGAAGGAAAGGCUGGUGGUGGUGGACUGUGAAUCUGAGAGGCUGAACAUCAUCCUUAGCAAGAUUAUCCAGCUCGAAAAGAACGGGAAUGGGUACCACUACAUUCUGGCAAAUUUGGGAUUCAUGGAUAUAGACCUGACCAAAUUCAGGGAGAGUGGAGCCAAUGUAACUGGCUUCCAGUUGGUGAAUUACACGGACACUGUUCCCGCCAGGAUCAUGCAGCAGUGGAGGAAUAAUGAUGCCAGGGAGCAUCCUCGUGUGGACUGGAAGAGGCCAAAGUACACGUCAGCCCUAACAUACGACGGGGUCCGGGUGAUGGCUGAGGCAUUUCAGAACCUGCGGAGGCAGCGGAUCGACAUCUCCCGUCGAGGCAAUGCUGGGGACUGUCUUGCCAACCCAGCCGUGCCCUGGGGACAAGGCAUCGACAUCCAGAGAGCACUGCAGCAGGUCCAUUUUGAAGGAUUGUCUGGCAACGUUCAGUUUAAUGAGAAGGGACGGAGGACCAACUACACCCUGCAUGUGAUUGAGAUGAAACAUGAUGGGAUCAGAAAGAUUGGUUAUUGGAAUGAAGAUGAGAAGUUGGUUCCAACAGCCAUUGAUACUCAAAGCGGCAAUGAAUCUACAAGCCUCCUGAACAGGACUUACAUAGUCACAACUAUCCUAGAAGACCCAUAUGUGAUGCUCAAGAAGAAUGCCAACCAGUUUGAAGGCAAUGAAAGGUAUGAAGGUUACUGUGUGGAGCUUGCUGCUGAGAUAGCAAAGCAUGUUGGCUACCACUACAGGCUGGAGAUUGUCAGAGAUGGGAAGUAUGGAGCCCGGGACCCCGACACCAAAACAUGGAAUGGCAUGGUGGGAGAACUCGUUUAUGGGAGGGCGGAUGUGGCUGUGGCACCAUUAACCAUCACUCUGGUUCGAGAAGAAGUUAUAGACUUUUCCAAACCGUUCAUGAGCUUAGGUAUAUCUAUCAUGAUAAAAAAACCUCAGAAGUCCAAACCAGGAGUUUUUUCCUUUCUGGAUCCUUUGGCUUACGAGAUAUGGAUGUGCAUUGUUUUUGCCUACAUUGGAGUGAGCGUUGUCCUCUUCUUGGUGAGUCGCUUCAGCCCUUACGAGUGGCACACUGAGGAAUUCGAGGAAGGACGGGACCAGCCAGCCAAUGACCAGACAAAUGAGUUUGGGAUAUUCAACAGUCUCUGGUUCUCCCUAGGAGCUUUCAUGCAGCAAGGAUGUGAUAUUUCUCCCAGGUCUCUUUCCGGCCGCAUAGUCGGUGGCGUCUGGUGGUUCUUCACCUUGAUCAUCAUAUCCUCCUACACAGCUAACCUGGCUGCCUUCCUCACCGUGGAAAGGAUGGUUUCUCCCAUUGAGAGUGCAGAGGACUUGGCCAAGCAGACGGAAAUCGCCUAUGGGACCCUGGAAGCUGGCUCCACAAAAGAAUUUUUUAGGCGAUCCAAAAUAGCAGUGUUUGAGAAGAUGUGGACCUACAUGAAGUCAGCCGAGCCCUCCGUUUUUGUGAGGACGACAGAAGAGGGGAUGAUCCGGGUGAGGAAGUCGAAAGGGAAGUAUGCCUACCUCUUGGAGUCCACAAUGAACGAGUACAUUGAGCAGCGGAAGCCCUGUGACACCAUGAAGGUGGGAGGUAACUUGGACUCCAAAGGCUAUGGCAUUGCAACGCCAAAGGGGUCUGCACUGAGAAACCCAGUAAACCUGGCAGUGUUAAAACUGAACGAGCAGGGGCUUUUGGACAAAUUGAAAAACAAAUGGUGGUACGACAAGGGCGAGUGCGGCAGCGGGGGAGGUGAUUCCAAGGACAAGACAAGCGCACUGAGCCUCAGCAAUGUGGCAGGGGUUUUCUAUAUCCUCAUCGGUGGGCUCGGACUAGCCAUGCUGGUUGCCUUAAUCGAGUUUUGUUACAAGUCCAGAAGUGAAUCAAAGCGGAUGAAGGGUUUUUGUUUGAUCCCACAGCAAUCAAUCAACGAAGCCAUACGGACAUCAACCCUUCCCAGGCCAGCUGCAGCAGGAGGCAGUGGAGAAAACGGACGUGUGGUCAGCCACGAUUUCCCCAAGUCCAUGCAGACAAUCCCAUGCAUGAGCCACAGCACCGGCAUGUCCCUAGGAGCUACGGGAUUAUAAUUGGCCUUUUGACCCAUUGCCUGGGUGAGAGCAGGGGCAGCCCAACUCCACCCCCUCCAGAGCCAAAAACAAACCCAACACCAACAAGAUAAACGAUGAUGACAGAAGGGACAAUUGGAUGGAUCUUCUCAAGGAAAUCAAUUCUAUUUCCCUUUUUAUUUGCUAACAGAUCCACUGGCAGGAGAACAGAAAUAGGUCUGUAUUGCAAUAAGGAGAGUGUAAUGGGAUUUAACAGACUCGUGAACCGUCCCUGAUGAAAGAACCACUGGAACACUAAUGAGGACUAUGCCAUUUUGUUUUAACUUGGUUGUUAAUAAGUCUUAGUGUGUGCAAUAUAUAUAUUUUUUCUUACUAAUUCCUGUGGUGUCAGGGUAACAUCAGCCCUUUCCCUUUUCCCUGCUCAGUCCUUCAAUCUGGUUUAGUUUGGGAUGCAAACCACAAUGUCUGAGCUACUAACAGCAAAAAAAGAGAACCUAUAAAUGGCAAGUUGAACUCCCUACAGAGCAUCAGCAUUGACCCCUUUUGUCCAUCGUGAUUCUGCCUUCUGUUGUUCUGUUGUGAACUUGGGCUGUGGAGUUACUGCAACAAGGCAGACAGAGCUGCAAACGGCUCUCCCUGCAGUAGGAAGGACUUUAUGUGAGCAAAAACAUGAGGCUGUUUUGCAGGAGCAAAUUCAUGAGUGAGUUUGGAAACUCAAGGUAACCUAAGAACAAAGUGGUCAUUCUUCCAGAGAUGAUAAGUGGCGGUUCAAGAGAAGAAUCAUGUGCCUGGAUUGAAGAGCAUCGUGCAUAGCAGAACAGAGCGGAUGGUUGGUCUAAGUUCAUGGUUGGCUGCUGUUUAUGGAAGAGAGAAAGUAAAUGCCGCAUUCCCCUCACAUGUGACUCUCCUGCCUAGGUUACUGGGGGCUAAUAAGCAAUUGUGAACCAUUUCUUCAUUGCUUAGCUUCUGUGUGUGCUCCCUUUUUGGUGGUCACAUAAGGGAACCACCUUGAGCUGGGAACAGACCAUCUCAAGAUAACCAGCUCUAGAUGGCUGGCUAAUAACCAGUAAAACAUGCUAGAAGUCAUGGGGCUGCAAUGGGAAUAUCCCUGCCUUUUUGCUCUGAAUCCCUUUUUGGCCAUCUUUCUAAUGAAGAGGGACAUUUUGUAGAUAGUCGACUCCUGGAAGGAACUGCUGAAGCAAACCGAGGAGGAGACCCUACAAGAGCUUCAUUCAAGCAUCCAUGACAUUCAGCAGCAUCUGAGCUGGUCAAACUCAGCCUUCCCGUCAAGUUGUGGCCUGUCUGGGUACAAAGCCAAAAGUAGCAGAUUCCCACUCAUGUAUCUUUAGAGAGGGGGAAGCAUCCACAGGUCAGGAGAGCAGUUUACUGACCCCAAACUUGGUAAUGCAGAAACCAGUGGUCCAGUCACAGGUGUGGAGAUAAAAGGGGCAAGGAUGGCUUUCCAGAACCACACAAAAGGUUCAUUCUGGGCAUGGACAGAUAAAUGCUCCCCACUGAUAGACCUGAGACACUUUCCCAGAUUCCCAAGGGAGCAUCCAGAGAGAGAGAUCUGUGGGGAAGGGACCACAGUGAAACCACUUAGCCUUCCCCCAUCUCACUGAUGGCAAAUAAAGUUCAAAGCUUCUCACAGGACUCAGCAAAUAUCUUUGUGGGGACUGAGCUGCUAUUGGAGUGUUCUGAGAUGCUUUUUCUCUUCUUUUUUUCUUUUUUUUUUCUUGUUUUCUUCAGCAUAGCAAGAGAGGAACAGGAAAAGAAGAGAAGUAGAUGAAGGAAAAGUGAUGCAAGCAAAUGACUGGCACAGGUCUAUGAGGAGGAUCUGUGUAUACAGCUGUCCAUAAGUACUGCUGGAAGCUGCUUGUAUACGUUUCCACUAGCAUAUGAAUGCGCAGAGCAAUACAUUUACCACCUUUAACACCAGCCUGGUCUAAAGUACCUGUUCCACUUACCCAGUUGUCACACAACAUUUUGGAGACCAACAAGUCAGAGUCAAGGUCCUAAGCUUGGGCACAGCAUGUCUUGUGCCAAUCUUUUCCUCUCUCCACAACUGGACAUCAUUGUGAGCUUAAUCUCUCAUCACCGAACAUGAACUCUGUUUUCAGCCACUCAAAACACCUCUUCAGGUCACAUUAUAGUGGUUAGCAUUGUUUUUAAUCCACUUCAUUUUAACUUCAGUUCUGCAUAAGUGCUAGCACAGUGGAGGCAUCCCACAAGCUAGCCUGUUUCCAUGCUCAGAGCUCUCAGAUGCAACUCCUCACCCAGCUCUUGCCACAUCCUGGAGCUUGUAAAAGCAAUGCACCACUGGGCACUGUAGUGGGAUCCAGCUCCAAGACCCAUGGGUGCCCCAUUCUCCUGGAAAGACAGGACCACAUGGCAGCAGGUCAUGGGGAGUUAAGAUGGACUUAUGAGAAGCAGCACGUCAGUGCUAGGACUGGCCACCUGUGACAUGAAAAUGUGAGGUGCAGUUGUCAAAGGCUUUUGAUCAAUGGAGGGGUUAAAAAACAAAAGAUGAAUAGGACAAAUGCGUGGAAAAUGUUAACUUGUAAUAUGUAUUUUUACUACACUUUUCUUAAAAAUAGAGUAAUGGUAAAAUUCUUGAAGACAUUGACAUUUUUUCUCAACAGGAAUCCAUAUUUGACAGUUUUGGCUUUCAUUAAAUUUUGCUCUUUGG